AUGUUGGACUUCGAUUGUUCAAAAGUCAUACUAAAAGACUCAAUCGGGUCAACAUACACACUUCCUAUACGGAAUUCAUCAUCCCUGUUUGUUUCUUUACUUAUUAAGUCAAGUCACCCAGAUGUGUUCAGCGUGUGUGAUCAGAGUAUUCUAACUAAAUGUCUCAGUUCUCAAGAAGGAUUCGACGUCGUCAUUAAAACCAUCGGAUAUCCAAUGAGUCCAUACGGCAACUACUUUGUCACCGUUGACACUGGCACCGAAAUCAAAACGAUCCCUGUGGAAUUCAAAACAGACUAUGAAAGAUGUAAAUCACCAGAGCUUCCUUUAAGUGCAAUCAUCGAGUGUCAGAUUUGUUACGCAUCAUUCGAUAAUAAAGCAAGAGUUCCAAGAGUUAUUAAGGAGUGUGGACAUACCUUGUGCCAACGUUGUUGCCAACAUUUGAUGAUUCCAAACAAAAAUCAGUUCAUAAUUUGUCCAGUGGAUAGAACGUCAACAGCGGUCUAUGGAAAUAUUAAUAGUCUUCCAAAGAACUUCGCUUUAAUUCAACUAAUCAACGAGUCGCAAGUCUACAAAACAAAAUCAACUGGUCCUUAUUUCUGCAGCACUCACAAAGACCAGAGACUGUUCUUCGUGUGUACCGAAUCUGAUUGCUCUUCUGAACAAAGGUCAAUGUGCAGCGAGUGUAUGGUCGAAGGCGGUCCCCACGAAGGCCACUCCUACACCUCAUCCAAAAAGAUGUUUUAA